GAAAUUAUACCAACAUGCUUCCGGCUGUCUUUACGCGUCCUUCGAAACGUGCGGAUUUUGCGGAUCGGAUGCGGAUGCAUUGUUCAUCUAAAGGGCAAUGAAACUCAAGGUAAAGUCUGGCACUGUGACUUUCCUGGUCGAAAGUAGCUCAGAAACUCUCUUGUCUGAACUACUUCCUAAGUUGGCCAACAUAUAUAGGGGAAUAAUGCAUAUACAGCACCUAUGCAGUGAAAUAGAGAAGCUGGCAAAUCACAUGAUGGCAGAAAAAUCUUGCCAAUCCAAGAGUUGUGCAUUCAGCCCCCAAGAUGCUGCACAGACAAUCCUGAAGGUUACCACCGAGGCCCAAGCUAGAGUAUCAAAUAGCCAGCAAGAAUCUGGAACAUGUGUGUCUGAAAGCCUCAUCUUUAACACUGUGGAAAUGCUAAAGAACACUGUUUCAGCUACUGCACUCGAUGUUGAAAGCUCUGGGAAAAUUUUGGAAAGCCUCUCUGCAAAAAAUCUAGAAAUGUACCUUCCAGAUGAGGAUGUUCAUUUGUGGUGGGCUGGGAAAGAGUUGACAAGAGGUAAAAAAUUGUCAGACUUUGUGGGUAAAAAUGAAAAGACAACUAUACUGGCAGUGCUAGGUCCAAGAGCACCCAUUAAAGAAAUGGGAAAUAGUAGCCCAGCCCAAGCAGAUUUUCUGCUUUCGCAGCUUAAAAGGCAGCACGAAGUGCAGUUUUUAGAAGCCAGCACCAAUGUGGAUACAAAAUCUCUCCAAAAAGCAGUUCAAGGACUUGGUGAAAUAAAGUGGAAGCCAUAAUGGAUAUGA